GAAAAACUUUUGAAUUUAGUUUGUAUUAAUCAACAAAUAGGUAGAAAAAAUAUCAACUAAAGAAUCAAGUAAAUGUAGAAUGCUCUUUGAAGGAGAUCCCUAUAUGACACAUGAAAUAGUCUCCUAAAAGAACUAUCAACAACCAAGUAUACCGAACACUAUAUAUUAUGGCGGCGGUACCUAUUCGAUCAAACUUGUCUUUACGAGGCUCUUCUAGACUAAUUAGUGAAUUUUUCGAAUACGCAGUGAAUUCCAUUCUUUUCCAACGGGGCAUUUAUCCUCCUGAGGACUUUAAAGUGGUGCGUAAAUAUGGAAUCAGCAUGCUUGUUACGGUAGACGAGGAAGUCAAAACAUAUAUUAGAAAAAUUAUUUCGCAGCUACAUCGUUGGACCUGUGGAGGAAAGAUUCAAAAGGUUGCUUUGGUUAUAACGAACAAGGACUCAGGGGAAGACUUAGAACGCUGGCAAUUUAACGUGGAAAUCCUGCAAAAGGAUACUCCAAUUUCGCCAGAGAACACGGCCCAAGAUGACACGAGAAUUCAAAAAGAAGUCCAAGCAUUAAUUCGUCAAAUAACAGCAACUGUGACCUUUUUACCCCAACUUGAAGGACGUUGUACAUUCAAUGUACUGGUUUACGCCGAUCGUGACAGUGAAGUCCCUACGGAUUGGGUAGACAGUGACCCACGUUUAAUUAAGAAUGCUGAACAAGUUCAAUUGCGAAGCUUUAGUACUAACAUGCAUAAGAUUGAUUGUCAAGUAGCCUACCGCUUUGACCCAUAGCUUUCAUUCCGAAUACUUUUCCGACUGAAAAGUAAUGUCUCUUACCAGAACCAAUCUUUUAGGCUUAAUUAUUCUAAUCUCUUGUCAAUGAUCUGUACAAUGGAUCCCAUUCCGUCCUUCACGAAGCAGACUUAUAUGUUAUUUUGUUUAUUUACUUUCUUUUACCGAGUUGUAUGGCUAUCGGUAUUCAUGUUUUCGUUCCCGUAAAUUUUUUUGAAGCACUGCCGUUUUCAUCGGUAAUCGUUUAACGUGUAUUAUAGAUGUAAUUUAAAAACAAUUCACAAGCGCUAUGUAAAAGUGGAAUCACCCAUUCACCAAGAGAUUGCAUGAAAAGUGUUUGGGC